AUGUGGGGAUCAGCAGAGAGUCCCUGGACAGUUCUGGUGAAUGGCCGCAAGCUCGCUGUCACCAAGAAUUUGUGGCAUUUUAUGGAUGCUGCGCGGACUGUGUUCACGGAGCAAGACAUCCCCUUCUGGAUUGAUGCAAUUUGUAUCAAUCAGAAGAGUAUAGUGGAGCGCAAUCACCAGGUCCGACUGAUGAGACUCAUAUACAGCUCGGCUGAUUCCGUCACCAUUUGGCUCAACAACAAAUCAUUGAACUGGUCACUGUGGACGAACCCUUCUCUGGACCAAUCGCCGGAACGCUCAGAUCUGUCACCUGGUCGCUUCCACCCCGGACCAGACGUCACAUCGAAUUAUGAACAAAUACUGAAAACCUUUCCAUUGUUUAAGUACUACAGGCCAGAUGACGAAGCUGUGUCCAGCAUUUCCACCCAUCGGAGAACUGCAGAUGAGGAGGCCUCCAUCGUGUCCAAAUGGGGGACUCAUGAAGCCGUACUGACCGAGCUCCGAGACGAAGUCGUAGGCAUGUUUGAUGACCCUUACUUUCGACGCACCUGGAUCAUCCAAGAAGUCUUGCUUGCAAAGGAAGUCUUCAUCAUGGCGGGGCACAGCCGUGUGCUAUUCUCAGAGGUCUACCGAGCAUUCAACCCUACAAAGGCCUGGCGAUACAAUCCGUCCGUGUGGAAUUCGGGCAUGAAAGAUCUCAUUUCGGGAUUUUGUCGUAGCCGUGCCGCGCUUCUGGCUAGGCAACGCUACUCAUCUAUCGUAUCGUACUCCAUGGCCGAUGUGCUAAGAAUCUUUGGUCGGACCGAGUGCUCCGACAUCCGAGAUCGUGUCAUUGGUCUCCUGGGUCUUGUUGAUCAGGGACCGGCUGACGAGGCGUUUGAUGUCGACUAUACGAUGGACAAGCAUCAAUUGUUCGAGCACUUCAUGAAGUGGUGUACCUCGGACCCGUUCAGCGAUGCCCACAUUUUAUUCCAGCAACUCGAUCUCCAGAUUCCCACGCUACUGCAAAGUUUGCAACAACGUACCGUCAUCGAAGUUCGGGUGACAGCUUCAAAACUUCCCAAAUGUCGGAAUUGCUCCGCUCACAUGAACACGGCAUUCGUUGGCGGAGAGUGGUACAACGUUCGAGAUUCCGCUCUGGUCAUCGCAACCUCGGCAGGAGGCUUGUCAUCCAGCCCUGUUCUCAUCUGUCUCAAAGAGCACAACAUCAAAAGCCACCUGCUAUUUAGUAGUGGUGGACAUUUCCUCGGAUUCGCAUGCAGCAUUGGAGAUGGUCUACUUGAGUGUCCAUCAGUCGAACAGUUGCAAAUGAGCAUAUGCAUGAGUGGUACCCGUAUUCGGCAUGAAGACGCGCCAUUAGCACUCGACUGCAAAGCUUUGUUGUAUCUACUGUCUCGGAAUGCUUCUUUCUGGCCCAGCUACAUAUCGCGAUGCUCGUCAAAGAACCAGCAAGCUGGAGCCGUAACAAAUUAUCGCAGGGAGAACUCAAAGCUGCUUGAAGUCAUCUCUGGCGUGGAAACCGUGGAGAUGUCGAAGGAGGCUGUUGCUACGAUGUACGCGGACCGCGGCCUUACCGUUUCGCAAUUGGACACAUGA